AUGGCCAUCGGACGAAUGUACAACACCGCCGGCCUGGCAUCGGCGGCGUCUCUAUUUGCGGCUGCCGCUCUAAUUGGCGCUGUUCAGGCACACAACCAACAUAAGGUGAUCCCCGAAGGCGAGACUGUCACCAAGGAACCUCUGGAUUCCAUCACAUGGCUUCACAUCUUUAUCCAAAUGUUUGCUUAUGGCGUCAUCUUCCCCAUCGGCAUGGUCCUUGGUAUCACCAAAUCACGGUGGCACGUCCCGACCCAGGCUGUUGGUUCCGCCCUCGCUCUUGUCGGCUUCUUCCUCGGACACGCUCACGGCGGCCGCCAAUACGUUGGCGGCAACGUCCACUCCGUCUUUGCCAACAUUCUCCAGCUGCUCCUCGUCGCCCAGGUCGUCCUCGGCCUCUAUCUCAAGGGCCACUGGGAGCGCGGCAUCAAUGGCCGCAUCCGCCUCCUCAUCCGCCCCUUCCACUCCGUCAUUGGCAAGGCCAUGCCUUUGCUCGCUUGGGUCCAGAUGGUUUUCGGCGGCAUUACAACUCUGGGCUUCUGCCAGGGCGACCACCUUGGACAGUGCGCCGCCCACUUCAUCAUGGGAGGCGCUUUCAUCGCCUACGGCAUCGUCCUCACUAUUAUCCUCCUCGCUGGACAAUUGUGGAUGCGCCGUACCGGUCGCUCACAAGAAUUCUUCGACAGCUCCGUGAUUGCCGCUUGGGGCUGCGUCAACACCUUUACUGAGCAUCGCUGGGGCAGCGCCUGGGUCCGGAACGACUGGCAGCACACCACGAUGGGUAUCGUAUGGUGGUGCGCUGGACUGGCGGGCAUCUGGCUGAGCCGCGACCGCGACGGAAAUCCCAAGCGCAACUUUAUUCCCGCCUUUGUCAUUCUCAUCACUGGCUGGGCCAUGUCUGCACACCCCCAAGAGCUCAUGGUCAGCGCCAUGACGCACGCCAUGUUUGGCAAGACACUCAUGGCUGUCGGUGUCACACGCAUCAUCGAAAUCGCAUUCAUCCUCAAAGACAAGCAGUCGCUUGACGAAAGCGGUCGCACCUGGAAUAGCUUCCAGUACAUUCCUGUUUUUCUCAUGUAUGCCUCCGGCUUUCUCUUCAUGGGUGCCACUGAGGAGCAAAUGAUUUUGGUUGAUGCUGCCGGCCUCGACGGCGUCUCAUAUACGCUUAUUCUCUACUCCCUUGCUUUUAUGGUUUUCCUGUUUUCAAACAUGCUCAUCCAUCUCUACGAUCGCCUCUCGACCAAAGAGGAAGGUGGUAAAUAUAGCAACGGGCACAUCCGACUCAAUGGAAACUCAAACGAGGAAGGCCGUUUGCGCGACGCCGAAGAAUUCGAGCUUGAGGGCCUCAGCGACGAAGAAGAGCAUGACGAGAGCCAGCGCAUGCUUAACCGAACCGCCAGAGCGAGCACCGACACACCAAGCACGCUGGGGCGUAACAACCUGGCCUCGGCUCAUUAA